AUGAUUCAUCUAAAAGCAAUUCACUCCUCUUUGAUACCAAAGCAACAUGCUUUUCUAAACACAAGAGGCCUCUUCCAAAGGAAACAGCCAAUUCUCUGCCUCUCCAAACCGAAUGAUUCAGAUUCAGAUUCGGACGCUCCUCCACCUCCGCCUCAAGGAGAUGCCCGUCAGCAAGAACUGCUUGCAAGGAUUGCCCAGCUUCAAACACAGAAAGUUCGUCUUACCGAUUAUUUAGACGAAAGAUCUUCUUAUCUAUCCCAAUUUGCUGAAGAUGCCAAUGCUGAAAUUGACCAAAUUGGUGAAAAUGCCCUCAAAGAGCUUGAUGAAGCUGGUGCAAGGAUAAUGGAAAACAUAGAGAGCCGGAUGCAAGCUUUCGAAGAAUCAGUGGAGUUAAACAAACAGGAGAUCGAAGAGAACGAAAAGAAGUUGGCGGACUUUGAAGGCCAAAUUGAGGAGGAGAGAAAUGAAGGGCUUUUCUUUAAGAACUUAGGGCAAAAACAACAACCGGUGGAUAAAGCAAAAGCUAAGGAGGAAAUGGAAAAGAUUAAGCAACUCAGUAAAGAAACUGCUGAGUCAAAGACUAGAAGGAAUAUCUACCUUGGACUUAUGGGCCUCGUGGUAGUUGCGAUUACGAAUGCCUUGAUUUCUUCACCAUCUGACUGGGGAAAGAGUGCAGUUCUUGGAGUGAUCUUGGUGGGUUUGAUUUCUCAAGUCAUCUACGAGCAGAACAUGUUAUCAGAAACAGAAAGAAAGCAAAAGCAGACAUCUGAAGAAGAGAAAAAGUGAAAUCCUCUCUUCCACAGAUUGUAUAGAACAGCAAAAUGAUAGAUAUUAAUGUAGCAUGAGUUAUAACCUCAAAAUAAAACGUUAUUAUUAGA